AUUGCAAUCAUAGCUGUAACCGUCUUCGCCAUCCUCAUCAUCACAUACCUCGUCACGACCAAGUACCGAACGAAAAAGAAGAAGAAGAACAAGCAAGACCAACUCCCAGGAUGGUUCGGCCGGGGUUGGUGGGGACAGCAGAACUCUCGCGGAGAGUACUCUACAAAUCUUCAGGACAACAAUGAACUCGGUCGAGGCCACAGUCGGCAGGAAAGUGUCUCUCGCGAAACGGCGGGCCUGCAGUCGGACCCGGAACGACAACAGAACGAGACUGCCGGAGUCGAUAGGAAUACCUCGGUGCGAAGCGUUAUGACACUGCCUGCUUACUCGCUGGCUGCCCGCGAGAAUGAGAGAAUCCUGGCUAGAGAGGGAGAAAGAGGUGGUGUCGACACGGUCGUGGAGUUCCCAGAGACACAAGAGGAUGAGGAGGCAAGACGAGAGCAAGAGAUGGACUCUCUCUACCAGAUCCGAUUAGCUCGUCGUACCGAAGCCCAGGAACGAGAAGAGCGUCGGCAGGCACGAAGAGAAGCCAGACUGCGAGGUGAUACCCAAGCAAUGGCGGAGAUCCGAAGGAGAACAGAAGCUGCGGCAGAGUUAUCGAGAUCGCAGAUGCUGAUCGCAGACCACCAGGCGGCGAACCGCGAACGAAGAGUCUCGAGUGUUCAGUAUGGUGAUCUUGGUGUAGCGCGACACGACGGCACUCGCUUGAGAGCAAACUCGACGGAAAGUGACAACCGGCCACUUCUUGACUCUGCAGCUUCCAUAUCCGGACAAAGCGGUCACAGCAGAGCAGUUUCCAACAACACAUUGGGAACGAGCCAUCACCACCGAGUUACAUCCGCCUCCUCCGUUCUGUCUGUAUCCUCUCGCGGCUCCGACGACUUCGAGUUCCCAGACGCCGUGCAUACUCGUAGCGCAAACACGAGUGAUGAAUUCGAAGUCGUUUCCCUCUCGCGCCCACGAUCACGAUCACGAUCGCGCUCCGUCAGCCGUGGUGCGACGCCCAUCCCCAGCAUCGACAUCCCUAGAGAAGAUGCACCAGCAUACGAAGACCCGCCGAAUUAUGAAAGCCCCGUAACGACUCGAGCUCCUCAGCUGCCCACUAUUGAACGCUUGCCCAGUAUCCAAGUCACUCCCGAACCCACCUCUGCCGAUGGCAGCAGGCAGACGAACCCUUUCAGGUGA